AAGUAGGAAAGACAUAAGUUCAAAACUUUGGGAUAAACGAUAAAGCUACAGCUUUUCAUACGAGUGCACGUUAAAGCUAAGCUAAUACCGCCGCGAAAACCACCGUAUCACCUCAAAACGCAGCGUAUCAUGGCUUCCUCGGAGCCGCUAGACCUAAUCGUCACCGUCGUCUCAGCCAAACACUUGAAGAACGUCAACUGGCGUAACGGAGACCUGAAACCCUACGUGGUUCUCUACCUCGACCCAGAUCACCGCCUCUCCACUCGCUCCGACGAUUCAACCAAACCGGUAUGGAACGAGCGGAUCACUCUUCCUCUCACCAGAUCCGUCCACGAAUCGGUCCUCAGCAUCGAGAUUCUCCAUUCCAAUUCUCCGGAUCUUGCGAAAUCCCUCGCCGGAUCGGUUAGGUUUCCUCUGGUUCGCCUGGUCGACUCCGAGGGAGCGAUGACGUUUCCCGAAAAGAUCAACUCGCUUGAGCUGUUCCGUCCCUCGGGUCGGACGCAAGGGAAGAUACGCUUGAAGCUCGAGAUCAAGAAGCGGCCGAUCCAACCCCAAAAUUACCCUUAUGCCCCUCAAGGAAACAGUUAUUACUCCCCAGCUCCGAUCGCCUCUCCCGCUCCUCACCGAGACUACAGAGACUUCUCGCCGUCUCUUUAUCCCUUCCCCGAUGACUACUAUUCCAGAUUCUAUUACCCUCCUCCUCCUCCUCCGCCACGUGCGAUGUACGAUCGUGCCUCCAAUUACAGCCUGCCAAGUGUCCCAUCUGCUCCCGUCGAUCACAAUCCUCUUCCUCGCUUUCCCAACUACGCACCACCGCCUAGUGGGCCGCCGCCACAAGCUCCUGUUGAUGCCUUUCCGGCGAACGAGGCUCCACAGCCGAGCGGGCCACCAUCAGCUCCGGUAGAUGCGUUUCCGGUGAACGAGGUUCCACCUGUGGCCUCGCGAUUCCCCAGUUACGGAGUGCCAGGUGGCCCAUCUGCGCCGGUGGAUUACUCUCCUUAUGAUCACAGGCAGUUGCAGAGGACGAUGGGCGGGAUGAGCUUGGGGGAAGAGAGAGCUGUUGCGGAGAGGUCGUCUGAGAGCGAGUUUGGAGCUAGGCCGAGCUGCAGCUAUGCACGUGAUUAUCGCCGUGAAUGUUAGAAGAGGAGCUGGAAAAAAAAAGAUGUGGAAAUUUCAUAACUGUGUGUUGCUAUCAUCAGAUUUACCUUUCCAUGUUGGUGUUUAUAGAUCACCAAAGUAAUGGGUGAUGGAAAGUAUUAUUAGCCUUUGAGGAUAAUGAUAUGUAGUCUAUAUGUAUUCUGUUUCUCUUUAUGUGUCUGAAGAACAGAAUCUUUGUAAAUGUUUCUAAAAAGAUCUCUAGUAUCUUAUCUUCUUUCAACUU